GACCAGUAGGUGUCACUGUUUCUCACUCGGUUGAUUAGAGUGGUUGCUAGGAUACCGGUUGACCGGAGACGCUAAUGUUUUCACUACACGCCAAAGUUAAUAGUCUGAAAGCGUUAUGACACAAAAGUUUGCCUAAAAAUGUCAGACACAGACGUAGAUCACGACGGGCAAAAGCCAAAGGGUGUUUUCUCCACUUUAAUGGCCGAUGGGUAUUGGCUGUACACAAAAGGAAAGUAUAAAAAGGCGAUACAAAGCUUCACGACGGCUCUGACUUUAAAGCCUGAUGACAAGACCUGCUUUGUUGGCCGAUCUAAAUGUUACCUGAAGAUGGGGCAAUCUGAAAAUGCUUUAAAAGAUGCAGAGGCUUCACUCGAAGAAGACAAGUCAUUUUCGGAGGGAUUGUACCAGAAGGCAGAGGCGUUGUACUACAUGGGAGAAUUUGAAUUUGGGCUGGUGUUUUACCACAGAGGACAAAAGAUACGUCCACAAAUACAGGAAUUCAGACUGGGUAUCCAGAAAGCACAGGAGGCCAUAGAAAACUCUGUUGGCAGCCCUUCCUCUGUGAAACUGAAGAUUAAGGGAGACCUUUCAUUUCUCAAAAAAGAUGAAGAGAGGGCCCCGCCACUCGCUGCUAUUCAGCAUCUGAUGCGCGACAAAACACUGCAGACCCAGAAGACCCCCAAGAGUGAGAAGACAACCAAACAACUGCUGGGAGAGUUUUACAGUGACAAGAAAUGUCUAGAAACCCUGCUUAAAGAUGAAGAUUUGGUAAAAGGUAAGACGAAAGUUGGGGAGCGACUGCAGGACGUCAUUCAGGGCUGCCUCACAUACCUCGACAGUUGCACCGAGUUCCAGGAGAAACCUAUCUGUGCACGGGAAAAGGAGCGUAAGGUCAUGCAGAAGAGAUUUAGCAAGCCCCGUCGUAGCGCACCUUGUGAACCGGCUCAGUUUCUGCUGAAGAGCCUGGAGGACAUCGAUGCAGAGUUGACAUCCGGAAAUGCAGAAGGUAGUCUCAAGAAGGCAGAGGAAGUCAUGAAGGUAGUGCAGGGCUGGUCCGAGAAGGAGGGGCCUAAUAAGAAAGAGGUUUUUGGCAGCCUGCACAGUUGUAUUGGGAAUGCCUUGAUCGAGCUGGGAGACAUGGACAACGCUUUGGCCCACCAUCAAAAAGACUUGGAGUUGGCUAAACGGUGCAAACUCCCAGAGGCAAUGUCCAGGGCGCUGGACAACAUCGGGCGGGUUUAUGCCCAAAUUGGACAAUUCACACAAGCCAUUGAGUUCUGGGAGAAGAAGAUUCCCUUGGUCCGUGGCGGUUUGGAGAAGACCUGGCUGUUUCAUGAGCUCGGUUGGUGUUACCUGGAGCUCGGUCGCUACGAAGAGGCCCGAGACUACGGCGUCCGUUCAGUCGAUGCAGCCGAUGAAAUUGCUGAUGAGAAAUGGCAGAUAAAUGCCAAUGUUUUGGUGGCGCAAUCAGAAUUGAAACUUGGAAACUUUGAAUCAGGUGUCUCCCACUUUGAGAGAGCCUUGACCCGGGCCAGACUGCAGGAGGACGACUCUGCCAUGAAUGUCAUUCAGAAGGCCCUCGAUGAAGCGAAGCAACACCUGCCACAGUGAGGACGUCCUCUGCAAGAUCUGCGGUGCUUGAGUUUUAAUUGAGAAAAGAUUUACAAAAGACAACAGUCAUCAAAUGAAAGUUGGUUAAACAAUAAGAGGCCAAUAAAAGUCAACUGUCAACUGA